GCGGCAUUUGAAUGUGACCACAUUUUCAUUCAGUGUUCAACUGACCGGUGAAGAAGGUGUGCAAAUUUUGUGAUCUAUUUCUGCAUCGAUUGUCCAUGAUCUUCACGAAAGGGGAUUCCACCAGCAAAAUGGUUGACACGCAGCACUUCUGCCUCCGAUGGAACAACUAUCAGAGCAGCAUCACGUCGGCAUUUGAGAAUCUGCGGGAUGACGAGGACUUUGUGGAUGUGACACUGGCCUGCGAUGGACGCAGCUUAAAGGCUCACCGGGUGGUCCUUUCCGCCUGCAGUCCCUACUUCAGAGAGCUGCUGAAGAGCACGCCGUGCAAGCAUCCGGUGAUUGUGCUGCAGGACGUCGCUUUCACGGAUCUGCACGCCCUCGUGGAGUUUAUCUACCACGGUGAGGUCAACGUGCACCAGCGCUCGCUCAGCUCCUUCUUGAAGACGGCCGAGGUCCUUAGGGUUUCUGGGCUCACGCAGAAGCAGGCCGAGGAGACACACAGUUUAGCGCAAGUACAGAAUCUUACGAGUUCAGGUGGCCGAACACCUGUAAAUCAUCAUCAGAGCUUCACAGAGAAACUGGUUGAGGACGCCCUGUUCCCGCACGGUGCUUCGCCGCCGCCACAUUUCAAUAAUUUGCACACGCCAACAGCCCAUUCAGGGACGACGGUGAAUCAGCUGCUGCGCCGCGCCGCGGCCGUCGCAUUGCGUCGCGAGAGGAACAACUCAAAUCAAUCCGAUGACUUCUCGCAGAAGCGACACCGCAUCGACAAUGGGAUCUUGGGCAACAACAACAGUCCCGAUGUUAUCAAUCACAUGCCGCAAAUAACUGCCACCGAUUUCUCCACCAUCAAGCACAACAACAACAACACGCCGCCGCUCAAGGAGAGCGAUCGCAAUGAUAAUGGUCCCAACAAUCAGUCGGGCAACUCGCUCAGCACGGGCAAUGGUCUGGGCUCAACAGGUGACAAAGACAGCCUCACACCCUCCCCGCCCACCACCCGCACUGACGACGUGAAGGCCGAACCCAUGGAGCUUGUGUGCGGCAACAACAAUGCCGCUAACGACGAUCAAAGCAACGACUCCGUGCCAGAAAAUGACAUCAAUCAUUCGGGAAAUGUGUCAGAGAACAAGGGACACAUGAGCUCACCGAACGAGGAUGAUCUCGAUAAUAGCAUACAUUCGCACACAGCUCCACCCUUUCUGAUGUCAGACAGCAAACUAUUCACCACGCCAGGAUCAUUCAACUUCCCUAUUUCAGCAUUAACUGACCCGUCUGCUCUCGCAGGUUUUAAUUCUCAAGCUUUACACACAGCCGUCGACUUGGCAGGAUCGCCUCAAGGUGGCGGCAACUGUAGUGGCGGCGGCGUCGGGGUGGCUCAAGCAUCGGUGAUGGGGAGUGGUGGGCGACUACCCUUGCCACUACCGCUGACAGCGUGCCAUCGGUGCGAUGUCUGUGGCAAGCUGUUGAGCACCAAGUUGACAUUGAAGCGUCACAAGGAGCAGCAGCACCUGCAGCCGCUCAACAACGCUGUGUGCAAUCUCUGUCACAAGGUGUUCCGGACGCUCAACAGCCUGAACAAUCACAAAAGUAUUUACCAUCGGCGCCAGAAGCACCAGCACCACCACUCGAGUCAGUCCGCGGCGCAGCAACAGCCCAAUCCGCAGCAUCCGUCAACCCUUUCCGGCGCCGGAUCCAUGGCGCCGCCCUCGCUGCAAGUCAAGUCCUGCAUUGAGUAUCUGUAAAUGAAGCGUCCUGUUCCUCCUUUCCCUCUGCGCCCCGCACUUACUACUUUCUCGCGGAAAUCUUAGGCGGAAGAACCAAGACUUCCCUAGUCUGUGUGUUAGACAGAGUUCGUUCUUGAUUUAUACGAAUUUAUUGUGUACUCUUCGUGGCAUUGCGCAAUCAUUUCAACAAAUUUUUUUUAGAUCCUCAAAGGAAAUUUUCUAAUUUAAACUAUUAUUAUAUUUUUUUUUUCAAAUUAUUUAUGAAAAAUGAUGAAGAAUUAAUGAUUAAAAAGAAAAUACUAGCUAAUAGAUGAAUUGUAACAAUACUUGUAUAAAGAAGGAAACUAAUGUUAGACAUAUACAACUUAAGCAUAAAAGAAACUUAGAGAAAAGUGAAAACAUACCCUUCUUAAUUGUUUAAGACAACAAAAAAAAAACACAUGAUUAUAGGCGGUGCUAGGGUAUUGUUAACAAUUUUUUCUGUUUUUAAAACAAACUAAUAUUUACGAGCUUAUUCGUGUUUUUUUUUUUAUUACCAGAAAAGCAUUUUGGAAAGUAGAUUUAUAUUUUUACAAAAAAAGAAAGAAAGAAAAGGAGAAAUUUUUUUUAAUUUAUUUUAUUUAUGGUAAAGAAUUGAUAAGAAAAUCUGAAAAUUUCGUCCAUGCCCAACUCUUAAAAGUUUUAUUAUUUUUUUAUUUAAACAAGAGAAAAGAAAAGCUAAAAAUUAACGACCAAGUCGCAAAAAGUGCUUCUUUUUUAAUGGUGUGAUUCUGAUGUUUCUCAAAGAGAAGCAUUUCCCAAAAUUGAAACUCUCUUUCUUUAUAGUUUCAAGAAGAAGAAGAUGAAAAUGAAAAAAAAAAUAUCGAUCUUCAUGGAUUUUUUUGGAGAUCUAAAUUUACAUGUAUUUUUCCAUUUCGUGCAUUGAGAAAAAGAAACUUUGAAAAAAGGAAAAAAGUGAAGAAAUGUAAUCAUUCGUAAUGGACUGAUAUUUCUUAUUUUACAUUCUUAGAUAACAAAAAAAAAAACGUUGUAAAAAGGAUAAAAACAAGAAACAGCGGAAGAAAGCAAAUUUACAUUAAUGAUAGUUAAGUAAUAACUGUAAUAAUUGUGAUUAAGUUGUCGGUAAUUAUUCUUAGUUUUCGUUAUGGAUAUGAUGAAAAAAAGAAAUGCAAUUUGUCAAAAUUAGGAGGAGGAAAAAAAAAGAGAGAAGAUAUAUUGAAAAAAUGUGAUGAGCAACUUAAAAAAUUUACUGAAAAAUUUAUUAUUAUUUUUUUCAUUAACAAUUUGUGAUCGUCGAAGACUGAUGACUUAAAAAUUUAAUUAAUUAAAUUUAAAAAAAAGAAAAAAAUGAGACAAGAAUUGACGAAAUGGAAAUUCGUUGACGUAUAUGAAAAAAAAAAUAAUCGAAAUUGUAACAAUUGGCCUCAAAAGUCUGAAAUUUAUUUGAUACCAAAUUAUAUAUACAAGCAACAAUUUUAUUAACAAGUGAAAAAAAUCUAUAUAUUUACAAUGGAGACAUAAUUGGCUUGGUAUUGACAUUUUUAAAUUAUUGUUUUUUGAUUAUAUUUCGCGUCUUUUUUUUACACGGAAAAAAAUGGAGGAGGAAAAAAAGUAUAUUACAGAUGAAAUGUAGUUUGUGUAGUGAGAUAAAAAAAAGCAGAAAAUAUAAAAACAUAUUAUAUUCCUAAAUUUUUUUCGAAGACACAAUUAACAUAUAAUCUUUUUUUUCAAUUUCUCUUCGCCAAUAGCAUAGGACAUUUUAGUUGUUUCCUUUUUCUCUUAUCAUUAGACAAAAUGAUUUCACUUCAUUGGUUCAACCCAAAACCAUUGUUCAGUGUCACUCUGUUUUUUUGACUAAUAAACUUAGUGAACAAAAAAAC